AUGGCCCCGCGCGCCCGGCGGCGCCGCCCGCUGCCCGCGCUGCUCACCGUCUGCGCGCUGCUCGGCCCGCUGCAGGUGACUUUUCAGAUCACCCCUCCGUGUGCCCGUGAGAGGCAUUAUGAGCAUUUUGGACGAUGCUGUAACAAGUGUGAGCCUGGAAAGUACAUGUCUUCUAAAUGCACUACUACCUCGGAAAGUGUAUGCUUGCCCUGUGGCCCAGAUGAAUACUUAGACACCUGGAAUGAGGAAGAUAAGUGUCUGCUGCAUAAGGUUUGUGACACAGGCAAGGCCCUGGUGGCGGUGGAGCCCGGCAACCGGACGGCCCCGCGGCGCUGCGCCUGCACCGCCGGCUACCACUGGAGCGCCGACUGCGACUGCUGCCGCCGCAACGCGGAGUGCGCCCCGGGCUUCGGCGCUCAGCUCCCGGUGCAGCUCAACAAGGACACGAUUUGCAAGCCCUGCUUGGUAGGCUACUUCUCCGACACCUUUUCGUCCACCGAGAAAUGCAAACCCUGGACCAACUGUAGCGUUCUUGGAGAGACAGAAGCACAUCACGGGACUGAUAAGUCAGAUGUGGUUUGUAGUUCUUCUCUGCCAUCUGCAAAGCCACCAAGAGAGCCCCUGAUUUACUUGCCCAGUUUAAUUAUUCUGCUUCUCUUCAUCUCUGUGGCUUUGGUUGCCGCUGUCAUCUUUGGUGUUUACUAUAAGAAAAAAGGGAAAGCCCUAACAGCUAAUUUGUGGCACUGGAUCAAUGAGGCUUGCGGCCGCCUAAGUGGAAAUAAGCAGGAGUCCUCGGGCAACAAUUUCAGCAGCACUCCUAGGGAGGCCUCUAGUCAGCGUGAAAUUUGUGAUGGUGUCUUACUGCUGACUCUGGAAGAGAAGAUGUUCUCUGAAGAUCUGUGCUGUCCCGCCGGUGGCGGUCUCUGUGCGGGGGCGUGUGCAGGCGGCGGGCCUGGUGCACAAGGCCAGGAGGCCGGGAUGCUCACCCUGGUCAGCGAGAUCGAGGGGGACCCCUUCCGGCAGAUUCCCAUGGAAGACGAGUAUGUGGACAGGCCCUCCCGGACCCCAGACUCUUCGCUGUUCCUCACCCAGCCUGGGAGCAAGUCCACCCCGCCUUUCCCCGAGCCCCUGGAGGUGGGGGAGAAUGACAGUUUAAGCCAGUGCUUCACUGGGACAGACAGCCUGGCCGAUUCUGAGAGCGGCCACUUCGCAGAGCCCCUGGGCAGGACUGACUGGACUCCCGUGGCCUCCGAAAAGUACUUGCAAAAAGAAGUGGAGGGCGGCCACUGCCCCCCCUGGGCAGCCAGCGCCAGCUCGGCCGAUGGCUGCGCAAACUGCGGAAACCUGCCCGGGGAGGCCCGGCACCCCCUCCUAGCUUCGGCGAGCAGCGGCCCCUGGCCCCAGUGCGCCCAGGGCAUGGGCCUCCCGCCGGAGGAUGCCGCGGACGGGGCGGACCAGCCCGCCGACGGGGCCGACGCCCGGCUUCCCGGAGCCGCGAGGGGAGGCCCCGGGUCCGGAAGCGCCCCCAGUGACCCGCCGCCUGCCUCUGGAAAUGUGACUGGAAACAGUAACUCCACGUUUAUUUCCAGCGGGCAGGUGAUGAACUUCAAGGGCGACAUCAUCGUGGUCUACGUCAGCCAGAACUCCCAGGAGGGCCCGGCGGGGCCGGGCAGCGGCGCGGGGGAGCCGGUGGGCCACCCGGUGCAGGAGGAGAGCUCGCCGCGCUGCGACUCGUUCGCCGGCCUCGGGCCGCGCUUUCCCGACCCGUGCGCCGGCCUGGACGCGCGCCCGAGCGGGGGGCUGCAGGAGCGCGGCGCCCCCGGGCCCGACAAGGCCUCGCGGCCGGUGCAGGAGCAGGGGGAGGCCGAGGCCGGCGCGGCAGGGGCGCGGCGCUGAGC